GGCCUCACGGCUGGGGUGAAAGGUCAACUCGGGGGAUACCUGAAUGAUCUGGUGAGCCUUGCAAACAGACUCGACCAGACACAAAUAAAGUCCUGAAGUUGUAGGUAUGCACAGACUGCACAAGUGAAGUGAAGCGAAGAACUACUCCUGGUUGUCGACCAGAGCUCCAUCUUCACCAGGCGUCUGUAGCAGCCAAAGCCUGGAUAAAGGCCACCUUUUCUGGGGUGAUUCUGCCAGACCCCCCUGGGGGCCUCUUGCCAUGGAUCUUCUUCACAGCUGGGGGGUGAGCCUUGCAGUACACCUUCAAACAGACUAUAAGUCGUACGAGAGCUGGUUCCAGUUUGCGUCCACGGUGGCUGACCUGCACACAGCCUACUUUGUAUUGUUCCCCGUCUGGUUCCACCUGAGCAGUAAGGUCGGCAUCAAGCUCAUCUGGGUGGCUGUCAUUGGGGACUGGUUCAACCUCGUCCUCAAGUGGGUUCUCUUUGGUGAAAGGCCCUACUGGUGGGUCCAUGACACCAAGUUCUAUGGUGCGGAUGCAAGACCAUCCUUGGAUCAGUUCCCCAUCACAUGCGAAACAGGCCCAGGAAGUCCUUCGGGUCACGCCAUGGGGGCUGCAGGGGUGUGGUGCGUGAUGAUAACAGCUGUUCUAUCAAUGGCUGCCAAGAAGAAACCACCCUUUCUGCUCUACAGUAUUUUGCAGGUUUCCCUGCUGGUCCUGUUCGUCCUGGUAGAGCUCAUUGUGUGCAUGUCCAGAGUGUACAUGGCCGCCCACUUCCCUCAUCAGGUCAUCAGUGGAGUCAUAUCAGGUCUCAUUGUAGCUGAGGUGUUCUCCAGGGUGCAGUGGAUCUACAGCGCCAGCAUGAAGAAGUACUUUGGCGUCACGAUCUUCCUCACCUCCUUCGCCGUGGGCUUCUACGUGCUGCUGAAGGCCGUGGGCGUUGACCUGCUGUGGACCCUGGAGAAGGCCCAGACCCACUGCGUCAACCCGGCCUGGGUGCACAUGGACAGCACGCCCUUCGCCAGCCUCCUGCGCAACAUGGGCACCCUGUUCGGCCUGGGCCUGGGCCUGCACUCGCCCCUCCGCACCGAGACCAAGAAAAACAGUGGUGCCACCUACAGGGCUGGAUGUAUCAUAGCAUCGUUACUCUUAUGUUGGCUGCUGGACAAUUUCACCUUCUCGUCAAAGAAUCAAGAGCUGUUCUAUCUGCUGUCGUUUUGCAAGAGUGCUGCCGCCAUUUUAAUACCUACUACUUUAGUGCCCUCUGGCCUGACAAGGCUACUGAACAGCAAAGGAGAUGAUAAGACACUGUAAUCAUGAUAUAUAGGAGGAGAUAGUUAAGUCUUGCGUCGGGAAAUCUCAUUGCAGUGAAAAUUGCGAAAUGUUUUAGAACACUGCAGAAUCAGUGGUGUUUUUCACAUUCAUGGCAAGAAAAACACUUACAUUGCACACUUCAAUUUAGAUAAUCAGAUUUAAGGGCCGUUCACACCAAAGACGAUAACUGUAAUGAUAACGGCAAAAAAGUAUUGUUCUAGCUAAUAUGAAUAACGACGUCAUUAUAAACUAUAACGAUAAUGAUAUAAAGAACGAUAUCAUUGGGGAUCACUUUCAGAACGAUUUUGAGAACGAUAAAAAGCUGAGAGCCAAUCAGAAUACAUCAAAUUUUAGCCAUUACUGUACAUUCAUCAAUACGAGGAGAGAUUUUCCUUAACGUUGGUCAGUGUGGACGCUUUUAUCGUUAUAGUAAUAGAUAACUAUCGUUCCUGGUGUGAACGACCCUUUACCGAGACGUGCUGGUGGUCAUAUCAGGACAAGGGGACCAUUUCUCCGUUGAAUUUUACCUCAGAUACAAGCUCAUUCCCCUGUACAACCUUAGCACCUUAAUAUCUACCGCUGCCAGUAUUAUUGAGUCGAGUUGAAAUGAUGUGGCAUUCAAAAAAAAAUAACAGAAAGAUUAAGAGCAACCGUUCAAUGGAUGCUAAAGUGGCAUUGGCUUUCAUGUACUUCAUCCUUUGUGUACAGUGUGUUAUCUGUUUGUGUACAGUGUGUUAUCUGAGCAGGAGCAUAUGCCCUUAGACUUACUCUUCUGGCCCUGUAAAUAUUCUCUUGUGCAUGUGUGUGCUUGGUGCUGUGUUCCAUAGUGUGCAUAGUACAUGUACAAUACACGAUGCAUAUGUGUAAUGGGUAUUUUGGGAUGUGUGUGUGUGUGUGUGUGUGUGUGUGUGUGUGUAUAUGUGUGGUGUGUGUGUAGGUGUAUGCAUGAGUGUGUGUGUGGUGUGUGUGUAUGUGUAUACAUGAGUGUAUGUGUGUGUGUGUGUGUAUGUAUUGUAAUGAAUCCCUGUUGAGGUGUAUAGGUGUGAUGUGGACUGCAUUUGUUUUACUUUGGGGUGUCAUAAAGCAUGCAUUGCUAAUAAAAUAAAAUGCUUUCAUUAA